AUGGCGGGCGCAACGGUAUGCGCAGUGUUCACGCCUGGACACGCUACAGACCACAUGUGCUUCCUCGUCGAAGAAGAGAAAGCGCUGUUAACGGGGGAUAACUUCCUGGGUCACGGUUUUGCUGUCGUGCAGGACGUGGCGGAGUACAUGACUAGUCUGGCGCGCAUUGCAGCGCUGGGUUGUCAGCGCGGUUGCCCAGCCCACGGGGCGGUCAUCGAGAACUUGCCUGUGAAGAUGCAGGUGUAUAUCCACCAUAACGAGGUGCGAGUGCAACGGGUCAUCGCCGCGCUGGCGGGCGGAGAGAAACUCCCCGGGAAAAGGGUCAGCAUGACGGUUCCCGAAAUGGGAGGGCCAUUUAUGGCGAGGUGCCCAGGGAGAUUGUCGAGAAUGCCAUUGUGCCGUUCCUAUCGCAGGUCUUGA